CGGGGGCUCCGCAGUUCCCCCUCCUGCCCCCACCCCGCGGAGGAACAAAGGCGGGAGGUGGGGCCCGAAGGCGGCCCGACUCCGCGGGGCGGGACCGGCGGGGCGGACGACGCCGCGUCCUUAAAGCCGGGCUGCGGGGGUGGCGCGCACUCCUCUGGCGCCUGCUGGGACAGCGCGCUGGACCCGUUUUCCGGCCUCGGUCUCCGCUCCGCGUCGGAGCGGACGCAGGUCUGCCACGCGCUGGGCCCCCAAGAGGCACCGCUUUCGCACCGAGCAUGGGGCUGCCUCGGAGGACCGGGGACCGAGCGGAGCUGCGCAAGAGCCUGAAGCCGCUGCUGGAGAAGCGCCGCCGCGCGCGCAUCAAUGAGAGCCUGAGGCAGCUCAAGGGGCUCAUCCUGCCGCUGCUCGGCAGGGAGAGCUCCCGCUACUCGAAACUGGAGAAGGCGGAUAUCCUGGAAAUGACCGUGCGCUUUCUACAGGAGCUGCCUGCGUCCUCCUGUCCGGCGGCAGCGCCCGCGCCCUCCGACAGCUACCGCGAGGGCUACCGCGCCUGCCUGGCGCGCCUGGCCCGCAUGCUGCCCGCCUGCCGCGUCCUGGAGCCCGCCGUGAGCGCUCGCUUGCUGGAGCACCUGUGGUGGAGGGCAGCCAGUGCCACCCCCGACGGCAGGCGCGCUGGGGACUCCUGCGGCCCGCCCUCUCCCUCCUCGCCACCCGCGCCUGCACUCUCGCCGCCUGCGCCUCCCCGCAGCCCCGGCCUCUGGCGGCCCUGGUAGCCCCCUGGCGGGUCCAGGGACCCUGCUGACUGUGAGGGAUCUGGAGGGCUGGGCAGACUGAGAAAGCUCUUGGUGGCAGCUGCUGUUCCCAUCACCAGGGACCAGCCCAGCACCCACAACCGGCCGGAACCCGGAUGUUUGCGAUCUGUGUGGCAGACUUAAGGUCAUGGGGACUCAGCUGGAGGAAAUAAGGGGAGAAUUUCAGUUUCACCCCCAACUUGGGGGUGUCUUGGCUGGAAGAGAAGGGGCAGUUGGCUGCUGGGGGA